CAUCCAUGCAUGAUGCCAUUUAGCAACAGAUGAGCAACGCGAUACAUGUUCAUUUUGGGGCAGCCAGAGCUUAAGCACUGCCAUUGACAGGGUGCUUUAAAGGUCUACUUCUGACUGUGUAAUGGUUGUCAGGGUCGCGGUGCUUCCCUUCCUUCUUGCACUGUAGGCUGGCCAGUGUUUUCGAGGCUUCCUUAUUCAGAAACCGCGUGUUUUAGCUGGCAGUCACUUUCUCUGGCGGAUCGCUAUGGAUGGGCUAUGGAUGAUAGCGUUGCUGCUGAUUCCGCUCGUGCUGUGGACCAGCAGCACGUUUGUUUUUUAUUUCAAAAAGUGCUUUUACGUCGCCUGGAUGAUGGGGUUGGCGCUGCUCGCGAUUCCUCUGUGUAUACUGAAAAGCGGCGGCAGAGACGUUGAAAACAUGAGGAUUAUCCGCGGCUUGGUUCGUCAUGUGAAGUAUUUCCUGGGCCUUCGAUUUGAUGUGAGCGGUUGGGAGCAUCUGCAGACCGAGGGACCCUACGUCAUCAUCUCCAACCACCAGAGCUCCCUGGAUGUUUUGGGCCUGAUGGAGAUCUUACCGGACCGCUGCACCAUGAUUGCCAAGAAGGAGUUGAUCUACGCCGGCACAGUAGGUCUCGUCUGCUGGCUGGGUGGCAUUGUCUUUAUCAACCGCAAGAAGACCAACGACGCCAAAAAUGUCAUGGCUGACGCUGCCAAAACCAUGUUGGACGACCAGAUCCGUCUGUGGGUGUUCCCAGAGGGAACGCGAAACCAGAGAGGUGGCCUGCUGCCCUUCAAAAAAGGGGCUUUCCACCUGGCGGUGCAGGCACAAAGCUGUGAUGAUGCUGGCUGUCUUACAGGAGACUUCUGCCAACGUUUGUCUCCUAAAAGUCCCCAUCAUACCCAUCGUUUUCUCCUCAUACAGCAACUUCUACCUAAGGAAAGAAAAGCAGUUCAACUCGGGGACCAUCCGAUUGAAGAUCCUUCCAAAGAUCGACACAAAGGGGAUGACGUCGGAGGAUAUUUCAUCCCUCUCCGACAAAUCCUUCAACCUGAUGCGCUCCGCCUUCCAUUCUAUCUCUGACUCCGUAACCCAGAGCAACGGGCCAUCGCGGCACUGAAGCAUUUACCAUGUUCGCGCCUCUUCUUUUUUUUAUUUUUUAUUUUUUUCUCCCCUAUGUCCCUGUCUGAGACCCAGGCCGAGGACAUCGGCCUCUUGUCAUGAAAUCUCUUGUCUAGUUGACGCCUGGUCCAGUCUGCCUCUGGCCUGACCACGCAGCCAGUCAGUCCCGACCCUCACUGUGUCUGCAGCAGCGGCGGCGGCGGCGGCGCUGCUCUGCACGCCGUGAGCGGAGUGACGGACGGCAAGCCAAAAACAGUAUAGAUGUGUGUUCUUCUUCAUGCAUGCCUUUUUGGAUGGCUCUGUCCACCUACGUCUUUGCUUUGCUCUCUGGCUUCGGAAGCCUGGCUUUUUUUUUUUUUAUUUAAUUUUAUUAUUUUUUUGUCUUACUUUAUCACCAUUUUCUACUCUUUCUUUUUGGCCUUUUUUUUUCCUCCACCUGCUUUCUGUUCAGCAGAUACUCCUCUGCAUUUUCUUUUCUUUUUUUCUGUUUAGAAAUGACUUUAUUUUAGUUCUCCUUGGAUGCUCUUACACACACACACACACACACACACACACACACACACACACACACACACACACACACACACACAC